GAAUUGUUUCUGCGAUAAGUGUGUCUAUUAGUCAUUGAUUCAAUCGCUGAUUAUAUACAGUCAUUAGAGUGAGCUUGUGAAAAUAGAACGUAGCACGAACAAAGAAAAUUAUUAAAAUCGAAGCCAUGGAACAUAAUACAAAAGUUCCAGAAACUGGAGCAUAUCCCCAUCCUUAUCCUCAACAGCCACCGCCACAAUAUACACCAAAUAUGCAAUAUUCAGCGAAUUUGCCGCCACAAUAUACUCCGAAUCCAGCACAGCCAGCUGUCAUAACACAACAACCAGUUCAUGUGGUUCAUGUACAUCAAACUGCACCAGUGGUUGGUCCUCAGCCGACGAUGGUCGUGUGUGCAAAUUGUCACACAAAUGUAUUGACGCGGAUGGAAUACGAAGCGUCAACACGAACCCAUUUGGUGGCGCUCAUAUGUUGUUUGUUUGGAUUGUUCCCAUGUGCUGCUCUACCUUAUUGCAUUGAAUCGUGUCAGAAUGGAAAUCACUACUGUCCAGCAUGUGGAGCAUUUGUCGGCACUUAUGUCGGAUAAGUGGUUGCACAACCGGAUGAUGUUGAACUUAAAGAAAUUUAAAUCAUAUACACUACACUCUGAGUCUGAUGUUGAAUUUUAAAAUUGAUAACAUCAGAACAUUUUCUUUUGCAUGAUUUUAAUUACAAUAAUAGAUCGAUUGU